AUGAAAUCACUGUUCAACCGAAAACCCAUCGUCAUCCUCAACGGCAUCACGCUCAACCUCACUGUCCGUGCAUACACGCGCGCGCCUGGCCGGGGAAUUGGAAGAAGGCAGCCGGCAAGCGAUGAAGAACUGAACAACAUGAUCCGCGAGGUCGACGGAGACGGCGACGGUUGUAUAAGCUUACCGGAAUUCAUUGAGUUGAAUAUGAAAGGUGUUGAUUCAGACGAGAUCUUGGAGAAUCUGAAGGACGCGUUUGCGGUUUUUGAUAUGGAUGGGAACGGGUCGAUUACGGCAGAGAAGCUGAAUACGGUUAUGAGGGAUUUAGGGGAGUAG